AUGACUCCCGCUGACGAAUUAUUUCUGCAUCCACCGGAUCCUCAGUUCCGUAUUCGACGAAAGCCGGUCUCCAAUCCCCAUCUCCAUCAAAGCUAUGAAAAUGAUGGCGAGAGAUGUUCAUCACAACCGCCGAGUCCGACCAUCAGGGGUGUAACGACGGUCCCGUCGGCGAAUAUUUCACCUCCAAUGCCUCCGCGCCCACCGUUGAGGUCCAAAGCAUCCGCUAACACUAUUGCUGACCCCUAUUCUGGUCGCUGCGAGAGGAGCUUCAAUGGCGAUGCUUGGACUUCCACCUCAGUCCAGCGCGCUGCAACGGAGGAACCCAGAACGACUCAGUCGUCGGCUUCAGUAACUGUGCAAAAAGCAUUUGGCGAAGCCCGGCAUUUUCUGGGUGGACUCCUCAGCCGUCCUGCAGAGUCCAAUAAGCAUUUUACCAUAUUACGCCACUCACCCGGCGUGGUAUUCUAUCGGGGCAGUACUACAUCUGUCACGAUCUCUAUCUUUUCUGACGCCCCUGUACCUCCUGAUCGUUCCUUAUGGCUCCAGAACAAGGGCUGGACAGGAAAAACGGGGAUGCGCGCCAAGGCUCUGUUCCAACUGACGGAUGACUGGCUGGACAUCACACCCACUCUGGCCUUGCGCUCCGACCAAGUAGAGCCAAACGACGAGCGGGCAUGGCAGCGUGACAUUGCCAAGUUUCUGAAAAAGGCUCCGUCGCGUGUGCGCGACACACAUCGCCUGCGCGAGACGGCCGUCGCACGGAUCCCUGCUGAGGCCGGCGACGGGUACUUUCAGGUUGUACUGUGUCAAGGGCCGAGGAAAAAGGUUCUUUGUACGAGUCCAGUGUUUCGCAUCCUUUCCACCUCGCUCGCUCCGAGCUCGAUUCGUGGCGCUAGCUUGGCUACCCUACCGUUGGAGGUGGGUGCGAUGCUGCUGGGGCUAUACGCGCAGACAGCGGCGCAGACCGUCAUGAACCCCGCCACGUCGCUCUUACAAGCGAAGGUUCAACCGUUUAAGCCCUCCUGGGUCACACAGACUGCUACUGAGACAGCAUGCGGAAUUGGCGCGUCGAUGCGAUCAAGCGAUGGCGACAGUAAUCAGGGCCCUGCGGCAGCUAUGGCCUGCGGUCAACAGGAAUCGAUCUCUUUGGAGACAGGACCGAGUCCGCCAUACCCCAUGAGCUUCAAAGCGCGAGCUGAAACCAUUCAAGGAGAAGGGUUCUAUGACAUGCAACGGAUGCGACUCAGUAAGGUUCCCGAUCUGAUUUUGGACCGGCUACAUGGUUUCUUCUUCGGCUGGGCACGACUUCUAGCCGCCAAUGAGUCUAGCGAAUCCUCGGGCUGUCAAUGGUACCAGGCCAUUCUUGCCAUCCGCAAUCUGGAUGCCUCUCAGCAAUCCCGUGUGAACAUGUCCCAGGUAAUGAAACGAGUCACCACCCUUCGCUUCCUCGAGGAUGUCCAACUCCCGUCUCAAUCCCGGGUCGAGGUACGUGUACUUGGUUUCCUUCGACCUGAUAUGCCGCCACCCCGCGGAACGAGUGAGGAGGAAUUGCGGGAAGCGCGAAAUGCCGCUGCUGAAGCGGCCAUGUUGGCGGAUGCGUGCGACGCGGCAUACGCCCAGAAUGUGCUGGAGUAUCCAGCUUGGGGACCGGACAGUCGAAGAGAAGCAGGAGUUAUUGGCCGUGCCAAAGAGGGAGUUGAAAAUAUACGGGCCCGUGGCCAGAAGGUCGUUGAACAUGUCCCACUGCAUUGGCUCGGAGUGAGAUCUCCUACAGCGGCGAUGCGGGACCGACAUAUUACUAUGAACGGCUUCUACGUGGUCCGUUGA